GCUCAACCCCCUCAGUAUCAUGCAGCAGAACUCACCAUUGACCACUAAACAGCUGCAGGAAUACGAAUGCAUCGAGCUCGUGUCGGCCGACAAUGUCUGUCCCUCGAUACGAGGGCCCAGGAGUAAUCGGUAUAUCAGGUUGAUCCCUUUCCUCUUAGCUGCCGGGUAGAGCUACUAUCCAGCUACCCUGUCUACCAAGUCAGCCACUUCCAUCAUGCGUCUUCUCAACAAGGUUGCCCUCAUCACUGGCUCGUCCUCAGGCAUUGGACGAGCCAUCGCCUUGCGUUAUGCUCGGGAAGGAGCCAAGGUUGCCUGUGCGGAUAUCACUCCGUCUGCACGCUCGCCGGUGCCGAACGAACUGGACAUUACUACCCAUGAUGCGAUCAGCCAGAAGGGAGGACAGGCCUUCUUCCUCCAAACUGAUGCGGGAGAUGCAUCACAGAUGGAAAAUGCGGUGCUGAAGACUGCACAGCAGUUCGGUCGCUUAGAUAUUAUGGUCAAUAAUGCAGGCGUCUCUCUUGAAUCCCGUACCCCGGCCCGCAUUCAUGAAACCACCAAUGAACUCUUCGAUACUACCAUGCGGAUUAAUACCCGCUCGGUGUUCCUGGGCAGCAAGUAUGCCAUCACGCAGAUGUUGAAGCAGGAUCCGCAUCCAUCGGGCGAUCGGGGAUGGAUCAUUAAUCUGUCAUCCAUUCUUGGGAUCGUGGCAGCGACAGAAAAUCCAUCUUACUGUGCCUCCAAAGGGGCUGUGAGUAAUCUCACGCGUCAGGUAGCGUUGGAUUAUGCGCGCGAUCGCAUUCAUGCGAAUGCUAUUUGUCCGGGUUAUACCCGAACAGCCAUCUAUCAAGAAACGACGGAGUACAUGCACGCCGCGGAGGACUUGAUCCGACGACAUCCCUUUAAUGGGCCCGGGUUGCCGGAUGACAUUGCGCGGGUCGCCGUGACGCUGGCGAGCGAGGAUGCCAAUUGGAUGACGGGAGCUGUGAUUCCUGUUGAUGGAGGGUAUACUGCGCGGUGAGGCCGCUCCGAAUACAUGCAGUGUGGGUAGAGCAUAGUGAAAGCG